GGAAUAUCAUAAAUUUGAGCAAAUUGGCUUGCAAUAGUUGAUCCUUGGUGAAAAGUUCAAGAAAUGACAUACAAGACAAAUAUUAGCAUUGUAUUUCUUCAUAGCUGCCGGCCAUUUGCAUGUGGUGAAGAAUUUGUCAAGUUACUAUUAAGCUUCAGCUUCCUUUUUAAUAUAUACAAUCCUUUAAUAACUUGCUUUUGUUUUACCAUCUUUUAUGUACCUAGGAGAUUAUCUGAAAAUUGCAGGUAUGGGUAUCAUAUCAUGCAUUCAUGCCAUUUUAUUUGUACUAAUGCUUUCCCAGGUGAUACAUGGUAGUAAGAUAGACCUUAAGCUUGACUGUGUGAUCCCUCCAAAUAUCACCACCGAUGAUGCAAACUUCUUCACACACACUGCCUUUCGUGUCCUGAUCGGGGCCGAUCCACCGACAGCUUUUGAGUUUAUGAAAGUGAGCGAGGCAGAAUUUCCAGCCUUAGAUGAUCAGGGUGUUUCUUAUGCUGUUCUGCAAUUCCCUCCAUGCUCCUUAAAUCCGUCCCAUCGCCAUCCUCAUGCCGCCGAGCUUCUUUUUCUUCUUAUAGGCUCUCUUAAAGUCGGAUUUGUAGAUGCAAAUGAUGUGUUACAUACUCAGACACUUCAAACUGGAGAUCUUUUUAUUUUCCCCGUGGGAGUUGUCCAUUAUCAAUACAACUAUGGGCAGGACUUGGCUUUCGCGAUUUCCGCCUUUGGGAGUGCAAAUGUUCGAACCAUACCUACUCCAGGUCUGUCGAAAAGAUUACCAAGUCUUCCAAGAUUGAUGCAUCGAAUGUUGAGAAGAUGAAGGUUUCUCUUUUAGCCUCAAGGGCCAUAGCAGAUUGAAACAACCUUGUAAUAUUUAGGCUUUUGUCCUUAAUUGGAUUGGAAUUCAGUUGCCUUGCAUCUUGCAAUUUUGA